AUGCUUACCAAACUGCUGAAAAGAGCCCAGAAUGGCAGGAGCAAAACCAUCUUCCUGGACACCACACUCGACGAAGGGACAGCAUAUGCUAAUGAGAUCAUUUUCGUGAUUGAAAAAAAGAGUCGACAACAAUCCGUGAAGGUAUAUCUAGCACCUUUUCUCUCUUCUGUUAUGUAUAGGUGGAAGUUGACUGAUCUACAGUAUCCUUUUGAAUGUCCUGCAUCAUCAUCUCAAAUGAGCACCUCAAGCCUUCCACCAAUCAGCUCUCUGAAGCCUCUGGGAGCUCAGGUCUUUCGAAGCAAGAAACAACAGUCCUCGCCCCUCGUCAACCUGCCUACUGAGAUCCUGGUUCAGAUUUUUUCCUACAUUAACUUACACGACACAAUUGCCCUAUCAACAAGCUGCAAAUACCUCCUCAGUAUCCUCUCUUUCGCAGCCUUCCCUGGAGACUUUUUGUUCAAGAAACUCCCUGACCUGGCACCUAUAAAGCUGAUCCUGUUUCUCUUGGGACUCUUGUGGCCAAGGGAAAUGAAUGGACGUCCGAAAAAAGGUCUGCGUUACUGCAAUGCCUGUCGUCGUAUCUAUCCAGAAAAGAGACAGUACUGGGAGGAGAAAUUGUCGAUGAAGAUCAGCAGGGAUUUCUUGAACCGCGAUUGCCCUAAGUGCUAUCUCGGCCACAAACGAACCUAUAUGUGCCUUUGCCAUGCCGCAUUUAUUAAGCGUUGGGAGCAGAUUUGUGCCGAGCAUAUCGGCUGGUUCGGCAACUAG